AUGUUGAAGCCAUUUCAGAUAAGAGAUCUUCAUGGAUCUCCAACACAGGAAGAUGCGUUCACCUCUCUCGACUAUCUCCCACAGGGACACCAUGGUCACAAUACCAGUAGGCGCUCGGGCAUUGUGCAGCUCUCAGCCUCUGACUACGAUGAGAUCGCAUUGUCUCAUCCCCGAGCCCGGCUGACAUACGUGGAUGAUGACGACGGAGACAUUAUCACUGUCGGAUCAUCUCUUGAGCUUUCUCAACGUCUGGACGAGCCUAUAUAUGAUAUGCCAAUCCAGGCAAACCCUACACAAGAAUCCACGAUACCUGAGACCAUGCAUAUCUUCGAUAUUCGCCGAUCUAACUCUGUCACCGAGUUGUGGAAGCGAUUCGAGUAUAAUCCAGCUGGUCGGGAAAUAGAAGGCUCAAAGAACGCCGUAGAAUCGACAACGGACAAAUGUACUUUCCCUCUACAAGACGGCACAGAAUCAAACGCUGAGCCUACAAAUGAGAGUUCUGAAUCGCUUUUGGCAGCCUUUGAAACAGAGAUGGCCAAGAUUCUGAGCGCGUCAGGGCCUUGCAAUACCAACAAUGCAGAAGAGAUUCCUUCUACACAAGUGCCAAACGAGUCGGCAAGCUCUGGCAGACGCACAAAUCCCGCUGUGGCUUUGGCUCAGGCGAUGCACCACCUGAUCAACGGAGCUGAAAUGGUUGGCUCCGAAGUGAGGUCAAGAUUGCCAGAGUUGGAACAUCAGUUAGAGCAUCAUCUACAGAACGCGCAGAGAGUCCUGCCAGAAAACGUCGGGUCGACUGUCCAGGCAGCUCUUGCGAGCCUGGAUGCUCAGAUGAGGAAUCUGACCAAUGCGCUGAACAAUGCAAGCAGUGCAAGGGAUCGGAGAACCAGCAACAUUUUCAGGGGCGAGGUUCCUACACCUGCAGAGGCUGUAGACAGCCUGUAUGCUAUGGCUUCUGAGCUCGGCCAGAUGGGACACACACUAUACUCGGCCUUUGAGACUGAGUUCGGUUCCCGUAUUGGAGCAAGAGAUGCAAGUCAGCCGUCGGAUGAAAGUCUUCAAAAUCCGGCGCCGCCUGACGAAGCUGCGGUAAACCGAGAGCCUUCAGCUGAAGAUUCGGUUUCGAACACUAAGACUGAGAAGGAGGCGACGAUCCCGUUAACCGCUGAAGAACCUGAUACAACUUCAAGAGAGCAGGGAAGUAAAAUCCGAGAGGAGCCGCGGCCAUUCAGCAGCCGGACUGAGGAACCUGGUCUUGCCCAGUGCGUCCCAUCGCAACAGGACGAGCCGUCAGAGCUACCCGAAUCCGUUCGUCAUGGCCCCCCUACGUUUGAUCUUCCUUAUAGACCUCGUCCAUGGCGCCGUUUCCCUCAUCCGCCCCAUUGUCGUUCCCAUCAUCAACAUCAUCCUCAUCCUCACUCUCGUCCCCAUCCGCCUCCCCCUCCCCCGCAACGCCAUCACGAUAUUCAUCCCCAUCCUCACCCUCCUCAUCCUCCUCACCAUCCCCACUACCACCAUCAACAUCAGCCUCUUCCCUUUCCUCCGCCACCCCCACCACAUCAACAUCACCAUAUCCCUCCUCCCCCUCACCCACCUCACCCGUCCCAUCCCUCGCCUAUUCCUCGCCCGCCAUGGGGAGCGCAGGGUGCCUUCCCUCCAUUAUUUCCGCCUCAUCCGCAUGCUCAUGAUCAUUCAUCAUGGCGCUCCGCGUGGCCAUUUUUCCGGCCGCACCAGGAGCACCAGUCCGAAGCGCCAACAGCUGCUACUGGACAAGUGCCCGACGCAGGCGCCGGUGCACUUCGCUCUGCAAACGCAGUGUUGUUCAUUGGCAAUGUAGGGUUCAAUGUCAGUGAAAAGACAAUCAGAGAUGUAUUCGCUGCAAAGGGGUUCCUUGUUGAUGUCCACCUGCCUUUGGACGUCGAAACAAGGAAACAUGCAGGCUUUGGCUACCUGUACUUCCCUUCGAUUCACGCCGCAAGGGCGGCAUUGGAUGCGUUGCAAGGGACACACAUUGAUGGUCACUCUAUCAAUCUGGAACUAAGCGACCAUUCGCCAAUCACGUCCCUCCAUCCUGACCAGGCUCCAGGGUGGGGCGACGCUGGUCGGCCGUCAGAGCUGCACAGCUCAGCCAAUCCAUCAUCAGGAAUAAAGCCUGAGCGGCGCGAGGUUGGACAGGAUGAUGAGGGCAUCACAGCGAGGGAGAAACGACCGAUUCCUCUGAGUGUGGCCGAUUUAUGCUUGAGCGACGAAGGCACAGUUCAAGUGCCAAAAGGAAAAAAAAUCCCGAGCACUACGCCUGACAAUUUCCCCCGUCUCACCCGAGACUUAGAGCACAGCCGCUUUCCUCCCAUGUCUCAAGAAGAUGCUCAUGUUCUAACCCACCACCGUCGAGACACGGACACACCAAAGUUGGGUGCGUCCGCACCCGAGUGUGAUGCGAGCCAUGGGAAUGAUGUCGCUGGCAGAUCGUAUCAACUGCAAAGCACCCCAGGCUCGUUUCCCGACGAUGAUGGCGAUGAGACGCAGUCAGGUCCAUUCCAAGAACUAGCUCAUAGCGCAGGCACAGGUCAUGAUGAUCACUUGUUGGUGGAUUUCACGACGAGGGAUGCGCCUACGACAACUAUUCCAAUACUUUCGGGCACUCUCGUCCUCAGAGCAUCGGUCCCGGAUGAGAAUGAACAACAGCUUGACCCAAGACAGAGUGCAAUUGACGACUGCGUGGCUAGUCUGAUUGGCCUAGGAUACGAGAAUACACUCGAGGGCGGUAUUCAACGGAUUGCGGUAUAUGCAGCCGCAGCCGACGGCAAGAUAUCAGAUGCUAUUGAGAUGAUUGAGGAAGAACGCAAGGCGUACGAACAGCAAGGUCUUUGA